AUGGCCGUUCACACUGUCGCGCUCUCGGAAGUAUCCAACCUUUCCCUUUCACCACCAUUGUCUCCCGCGGUUGUACCUGUGCAAACUAUACCCGGUGGACCUCCGCUGUCAGUGCUCGACAUGUUCUGGCCAUUCCAAACAAGCGCUCCUCGCACCUAUGGCAGCCCUGGCAUCACCAUUCGUACCUCUGAUGGCCGUGUUAUGUCAUUCCCGGAUCCCACAUAUCUGUUUGGCUCUGCCCCCUUCUUCAGUGACAUGCUGUCCUCAGCCACCGAUGGCUGGGUGGACGUAACCCUCACGGAGAACCAGCACGACUUCCUUCGAUUCGUCUACCUCGCGAGGGCUCCGCAGCUUUUUGCAGAACACUACAUAGACAAGACAGCAGAAUUGUGCUUCUUCGCUGACUCAGCCAAGGAGUACAAAGUGCCGGGCGCGAUCCAAGCGCUCUCAGACAUGCUCACGUCGCCGCGUUUCCUGGAGAAGAACGCCUUCCGCGCUUACUGCAUCGCGUGCCGCUACGGCUGGGAGCAGGUCGCGCGGAAGGCGGCACGGCACACCUUCCACUUUGGCCCGCUCGUCACACCCGGAAUUGCCCAGCCCGAAGAUCUCGCUCUCAUCUCCGGAGUCUCGUACCACAGCCUGCUCCUUUAUCAUGAGGCGUGUCGCGCGACGACGAGAGAGAUAUCUAGCCACGAUUUGUCUAACUGCGCAAAGUAUGAGGUCCAGAAAUUCCCUCGGUGCUCUAAAUGCGGAGGGAGGAGGAUAUACCAGACACAGAACAUGACUCUGCCUGCUUGGCUUACUGGGCUACUUAUUGAUGUCAGUCUCGAGGUCGAAGGAAUCCCACCAGACGCACCUGUCUCCAAGCCGCAACACGUCAAGAAUGCCCUACAGACUGCCGCAAGGUGUAGUAUGUGCUCUAAAAAGGUGUUCAGUGUGACGGUGGAGCGCAUGAUAGACGCGUUUUUCUCGCAGCUUCAACGAGAGCUAUCUGCGGUUAUGCUGGCGUUUGAGUAACCCAUAGUACAACCUUUGACUUCACCUUUUAAUAAGGCUGCGAACGCGUAAUGAUUUUCCAACUCGAUUCAAGGCUACGAACGCACCUCGCGUUUAAGAUAUUCUAAAUUC